CCAUAUAGUGUUUGGCAUUACAUAAUCUUUUCAAAUCUACUGUAAACAUUUCGUUGAUUUGGUCGCCAUAGAAUUCGUAAUAGAAUAUCGCUGACAGGACAACCCACCUAAAGUGAAAAUGAAAUCCACCAUUGUCAAGGCAACGUUUGUCAACAAGCUGUUACUGUCCUGAGCAUUUCCGGUUUCUGGAAGAGACUCAUCUAAGCGAAUUGCAUUCGACUUUUCCGCAAAAUGUCUGAUUUAGCGAAAGAGAAAGCAGCACGUCUGCUGAAGAAACGUGGAAGUGUGUCUUCUCUGGGCAGUCAUGAAGUCAGAGCUAUGACCUUUGGCAGAAAAAAGGACUCUAUCAGCACUGUGUCCUACAUGGAAGAGCCUGGACAUCAUGAUGAUAUUCCACGACCUAUAGUGCCAAUGGAGAACACCUAUCGGCUCACCCCCGCACGCCGUUUCCCAGUGAUAACAGUCAAAGACAUUCUGAAGGAUGUGUUGACCAGCUACCUGCAGGAGGAGAAAUAUGAACCCGAGUUGUGCAGGCAGAUGACCAAAACAAUCUCUGAGGUUGUCAAGGCCAGGGUUAAAGAUUUGAUGAUUCCUCGCUAUAAGUUCAUAGUCAUCAUCAGCAUUGGUCAGAUCAGAGACCUGAACAUCCGUAUGGGGAGCAGAUGCCUGUGGGAUGAGACACGCGACAAUUUCUCCUCGCAUACUUUCAAAAACAGCUCGCUCUUUGCCACCGCGACUGUCUAUGGUGUCUAUUUUGAAUGAGUCUGUAAGAAUAGACUUUAGUCAGGUUGUGCCGUAUUUCAUUUUUGACAGGAAUGAAACCGAGACGUUCAAUGGAUUGUACUAUUGUUUAACAAAAUAACCACUGUUCAGCUUAACUCCAUAGAAUAGUUUUGAAAGUUGUGAAAGGUAUGUGAUCUAGGACCUUUAUACAGUGUAAAGACUGUACAACAGUCUACUGUCACAACCUCCAUUUCUCCUCUGUUAAAUUCGAUAUGGCCUCCAACCUGACUAAAGUCUAUGUCAGCUGGGUUUUUGUGACAAGUGAGUUUAGUGAAUGAGCACCACAUCGAGUAGUGGCCAAAUGUGCUGUCCAGCCUAGGAAAAAUUACAUCUUUACCCUUUAUUCAUAUAUUAUAUUAGAAAUGCGUUAAAGAUUUUGUAAGAAUAUUGCGUUGUGCUUGAAGUCAAUUGCUUUAUUUUUGAUAACACAAUGAAACAUGCCAAAUUGUGCAGCCAAAACAUUUGGCCAGGCUGUCAUACAAAGAAAUUAUGAACACAUGCCACAAGUAUUUUUUUCUGAUAAAUAGCUUAAUCAAAUUUUGUUCUUCC